GAUACUCGAUAGAGAAGAAAACGCAGUGUUCACAAAGAGAAACUGAGGCAAACCAGCACGAAGAACCUUUAAAUUGAGGUUCCUAUCGCCAUCAACGACGAUAUAAUCCCGAGAGUCUCCCGGUGCGACCCAUUUCUAUCCCUAGCUUGCAAUUCGCGCUUUACAUUUCAAAUUCAGUUGUAUUGGUAUCAGGAAUUUCAAUUAAGACUUGUAUAAAUGGGAGAUGAGUAGUUCUUGCUGUUAAGGUGGGAAUCAGGCCUCUGAGCUCUUCACUAUUGUCAACUGCAUAAGCAUGGCAUCCCUCUUGGGACCAUCCAACCCGUUCCCAUCAGUGUUCACCUGUCAACCCAGAACUCAUCUGGUAACCUUUUCAACUGGACCUGUUCCCGCAUCAGUACCUGGUAGAAGUCCAUUAGUGCAUCAGGCAAAUCCAUUAGACACGGAAGUUUCUCAAAGAAGAAUGAACAUCACCAAGAUGAAGGAUGAAGAGGCCAGAGAAAGGAAAGAGGAAAUAAACAGGAAGAUAGCUUCACAGAAAGCGAUAUCCAUAAUUCUGAGGAGGGAAGCCACAAAAGCAGUAAUUGAGAAGAAGAAGAAGGGCAACUCAAAGAAACUCCUGCCCAGAACGGUUCUUGAAGCCCUUCACGAACGCAUUACUGCUUUGCGCUGGGAAUCCGCCCUCAAGGUCUUUGAACUCCUUCGUGAGCAGCUAUGGUACAGGCCAAAUGCCGGUUUGUAUAUCAAAUUAAUUGUUAUGCUUGGAAAAUGUAAGCAACCUGAGAAAGCUCGAUCAUUGUUUCAGAUGAUGAUUGAUGAAGGAUGUGUUGCGAAUCAAGAAUCUUAUACUGCUCUCUUGUCUGCCUAUAGCCGCAGUGGCCUUUUUGACGAAGCUUUUUCACUCCUUGAACAGAUGAAGAACACUCCUAAUUGUCAGCCUGAUGUCUUCACAUAUACUAUCCUUAUAAAAUCCUGCUUGCAAGUUUAUGACUUUGAUAAAGUACGUGAUCUGCUUUCUGAAAUGGAACGUCAGAGGAUCAAGCCCAAUACAGUUACUUAUAAUACCCUCAUUGACUCUUACGGCAAAGCAAAAAGGUUCACGGAUAUGGAAUCCAUACUCGUAGAAAUGCUACGGAGGAGAGACUGCAGUCCUGAUGUGUGGACCAUGAACUCCGCGCUGAGAGCAUUUGGCGGUAGUGGGCAGAUAGAAAUGAUGGAGAAGUGCUACGAGAAGUUCCAGAGUGCCGGAAUUGAACCCAGCAUCAAGACAUUCAACAUCCUCCUAGAUUCCUAUGCAAAAACCGGGAAUUAUGAGAAAAUGAGCGCUGUAAUGCAAUACAUGCAGAAAUACCAUUUCUCGUGGACUAUAGUUACCUACAACAUCGUAAUCGAUGCAUUUGGGAGGGCCGGAGACUUGAAACAGACGGAAUUUCUCUUCCGGCUGAUGCAGUCAGAGAGGAUCAAACCAGACCGCGUGACACUUUGUUCACUAGUCAGAGCAUAUGGUCAAGCCGGGAAGGCUGAAAAACUUGGAGGCAUUUUGAGAUUUGCCGAUAACUCAGACAUCACACUAGACACCGUGUUUUUCAACUGCCUGGUGGACGCAUACGGGAUGAUGGGGUGCUUCGCCGAGAUGAAAGGCGUGCUAGAAAUGAUGGAGAGGAAAGGAUGUAAGCCUGAUAAGGUAACAUACAGAACCAUGAUUAAAGCUUAUUCAAUUGGUGGAAUGAGUAGCCAAGCAAAGGAGCUUGAGAAUCUACUUGCCUCAUUGGAGAAGAGUCAACAGGGCAGGAAAAGGUUCAAAGUAUAGUAAGGCUUUUCACUUGGUAAUAUUGUUCAUUUACCUUCUUUUUUCUUUUUUUUUUUUUAAUGAUGAAGAAAAUCCGCAGUCACUACCCGAUGGUGUACACUGGGCAAACUUCGUCUUGUUGCCUUAGCGUGCAAAAAUAUUCUGUAUAUUGUGUUAUCAAUUUUUGUAUGUAAUUUUCUUACAUUGAUUAUUUUAGUGUUUGAGAAGCAGGUAAGCAGAGAAGUCUACAACACUGUAUGUAUGUAUGUAAUUAUGUGAUGUAAAUGUAACACUAUUACAAUGAGGCCUUCUUUUUUUUUUUUU